CCAUAAAUGAAAAAUGUAACCACCCCUUUCUCCCUCUCAUAGAUGUCAUAUAUAAAGGCAUGUAACAUACAACUUUUUAUGCAAUAUCGCCUCAUCAGUGCUUUUAAUCGUUAAUCUAAGUAUGGGUUUAUCACAUGGGUCUAAAGGAUCAUUGGCAUGCUUAGCCAUGAUAGUGAUGGUGUUUUUUGAGUCAUCAAAAGGAGACAUAAACAAAGAUAAAGAGUUGUGUGAAAACCAACUUACAGGGUUAGAAAGUUGUCUACCUUAUAUGUGUGGUGAAGCAAAGGAUCCAACUAAGGAUUGUUGUAGCGAUCUCAAGAUAGUGUUGACCAAGAACAGGGUAUGUUUAUGCAUCAUGAUCAAGUAUUAUAAACGUAGCCUUGGGUUCAAGUUUAAUGACACACUUGCAUUAAGCCUACCAGAUUCUUGCAACACGUCUGCCAAUGUCUCCGAGUGUCUGAGUCUUUUGCAUUUGCAACGAGGCUCGACAAAUUCUAAAAUAUAUGAAGAUCAUGUUAAAAGCACGGAGAACAAAGAGAAAAUCAUAGGUUUACCAGUAAAAAACGGUGGUGGUGGUGGCGGAGGUGGUGGUGGAGGCGGAGGUGGUGGUUGUGCUAAUGGAGACAAAGGUGUUGAUGGUCUUGAUAGCUGUGAAGGUGGAGGAGGUGGUGGUGGUGGUGGUGGUGGUGGUGGAGGAGGUGGUGGUGGCGGCGGUGGCAGCGGAGGUGGUGGGGGAGGAGGAGGUGGUGUUGGUGGUGGUGGCGGAGGCGGUGGAGGUGGCGGAGGAGGUGGAGGUGGUGGCGGUGGCGGUGGCGGUGGCGGUGGCGGUGGAGGUGGAGGUGGCGGUGUCGUUGGCGGUGGAGGUGGAGGUGGAGGUGGUGGUGGUGAUAGCAUCGGUGGAGUUGAUGGUAGAAAAAGAAAUUUUAGAUUAUGGCCAUGA